CGAAACUGUCUGGGAACACAAAUGCACACUAACUAAAACAGUGAGGUGUGUCAUAUUCCCGCAGCGGACCAAUAAGAAGGCCCUCUCAAUAAACAGUCCCGGAGACAUACAUGACUCUCAAACAGAGACAGACAGACGGCUUAAAACCGGCAGGUGCAGAGCUACACUGAUGCUGCAGUAAAUGCGGAAUAAUUCCUCCUUUCAGACAUUGAUAAAACCCUUCAAACAGGAUUGGCUAUACACCAAUUUCACAUUGAAAUGCAAAGCAGAGUCCUACAACAAGUUAUUUUCUCCUUAUCAUGGCUCAUUUUAUCAAAAGCACAAGAUGUGAUCGGAUCUGGUCUCUCCUGUCUCAGAUACAGUCCUGCAGAUGCUCACGGACAGACGCGCAUCACUUUUCUGCGGGAGGACGCAGCCGGUGCGCGCUCCCUCUACCUCACCCUGUGGUCCGAAGACAUGCGCCUGCUAACAUGCGAAGUAACCAGCAGUCCACUGGCCACUGAGCGUUACCGCACUCUCUGCGACAGAAGCGGCACCCAGAGUCAAGAAAUAACCCGGAGGUUGAAUAUCAGUGUGUUGUCGGCUCCGGAUGCUCCUUGCGCGCUCGUCUCCUCCAGUGCGCCAAAGUUUCCCAGGCGCACAAGAAGAGAUGGGACAGAGGGCAAAGCUCGGCGGAAACGCGCCUGGAUAUUGCCAGGAACUCUGUGGUGCGGCAAGGGAAACGAAGCGGUCAGAUACGAGCAGUUGGGAAUGUUUGAAGAUGCAGAUAGAUGCUGUCGUGAGCACGACCACUGCUUGCAUAUCAUCCCUGCUUUCACAGUGAAUUAUGGAGUCUUCAACCCCAACCUCUACACCGUCUCACACUGUGACUGUGACCAAAGGUUUCGACGGUGUCUUCAGGAUGUGAAUGAUACCGUUUCCUCUAUGGUGGGCUAUAGCUUUUUCAACAUCCUGCGGGUUCCCUGCUUCGAGCUCAAAACUCAGAGGCGAUGCACCCAGAUUUACUGGUGGGGGAUGUGCAAAGUAGCCAAACAGGCUCCAUAUGCCGUCUUCAAAAAUCCCCUCCCAUACAACACCUCUGAUGUUGCAAACAAAUACUUGAACAACACUAGAAGCAACAAGUUAACAAGCGAGGUAACAAAAAGCCAUGUGAUCGGCCCAUGCAGAAAGUCACAAAAAAGUGAACAUAGAUGUGGCUCCAGAGACCCGCCCAGACAAGACACUUUCUACCGCAGAGGGACAAAGGGGAAAGGAUGUAAAACGCACUGUAAACUGUCUACAGUCGCACCCCCCCAAAUGCCCUCAUUAUCACAGGCACACACCACUACUCCUUCAAUGAUAACAGGUCUUUUAAAUCCUUCUAAAAGUAAGGCAUCGAUGUCAAAUAAAAACAUUUUUGGAAAAGAGAAGCGCACCAGAGAGCGGCUGUUGGCUUACCCUACACAGAGAAGCCAAGUUCCACCACAGGUGACUAUAAACUCUUAUCCACAACCAUCAUCUACAACACAAAGCAUGCCACCUUUAACACAGAGCCAAAAUCACUCCACAGCCAUCUCAACAGCGACCAAAACCAGAAAAAGUCACAGAAAAGCUCCAAAGCAAAGUUGUUGUGGAUCUAGGAUGCCUGUGAGGGAGUUUCCGCCUCGUUGUAAAAGUGGUCUGGAACAAGCAACAAGAUCUCACUUGACAAUUGUUAGAGCUGCAACAACUACAAAUGGACUGCUAGUCAAAGUGACAACGGAAACAUCCGGACAAGACACUUUGAAGAGACUCUGGAAUACAGCUACAUUUGCAACACCCAUCACAACAAAACUAAAGACAGCAGCCUCUCUUCAUGAGGAUGGCAAGCCACAAAAGGAAAUUAACUCCCGUCUACUAGAAAAUAAGACAGGCCAGGAGCCCAUGGGUAGUACCAUAGCCCAAAGUACGAAGGAAGAAAGAAUCUUAAAACAAAGUAAUGCAUUGCGUAAUAUGACAGACAAUCAGCUCCUGUGUGGAAGCUUCAAACAUCUGGAUGAAUGUAAAUAUCAAAUCCCUCCUCUACAGAAGAAAUAUGAUCUGCAGAAUAUGGAGUCAAAGACCGCCUACCACUGUGGUUGCACCAGCCGCUUGGCUGUUCAGAUCAAAAGCUUCAAGCAGCCCAGUGUUCUCCCCACACUAGUGAUGGAUUUUGUCUCCCACUACUGCUUUAGAAUGCCGAAGGACAAAAAGUGCCAUCGCAGAAAAAGCUGUUCUGGGGGCUUCAUUAAAGCCUCUGACCUACUUCGAGCACUAAAGAAGAUAGAGGAAAAAGACACUGCUGGGGUGCGAAAUUCAGGAAAUGACAGAAAAAGAGGGAAUCCUGUUCGACUUUAUAAGCGAUGCCUAAGGCUGGAAAGAGAAGCUGAUAUUAUGGCACAGCUCACAUGAUUACAGACUAAGCUGCCAUGUGCAGCAACAAUGACUUUUAUCAGCUUUAAAUUUCAUGCGGCAUUUUCUGUUUCUCUCUGAUGGUGUAAAAUGGCAGUGCAAUGAAAAUACUUAAACCCUUCAAUCUGGUAAUAUUUUUGUAAGUAUGUCAUGGAUGUGAAUUUAAUAUAUUUAUAAAGAACUGUUAAACAAAACUGAAAACCAUCCAAUAGUUCAAUUGUGCUUUGAAAAUGUAAUACACUCAUUUAUUUUGUUUGAAAAUCAUGUGUCAAGGCCAUUUUGCAAACACAUUCCAUUAUCUGCACUAUAUAUUAAUUUAGUCAGGAAAAAUUACUAGACAUACGCCUCAAUGCAUUAAAAAACAACUCACAACCUUCUAGUAAUCAUAACCCUAAAUGAGAAAAGUUAAACAACAAAUUCUUGGUUUACCUUUUAGCUAUUGGAAUGAUUAUCAUUUAUUAGCUUUAGUGUAGUGUGAUCCAUCCCUACCCUUCAAAAUAUAUCAUACAAAAGUACAUAUCUUAGUACAUGUAAAUAAAACAUCCCUGAUCCAAAAACCUUUUGUGAGGGAUACAACCUGUUCAAUGUGCACCUCAUAUGUCCUUUCAUAAACUCCAAUGACUUACAAUGUAUUGCAUCACUGUUUCUUUUACAUGUUAUUUCCAAGGUAAGAGAGAUGGAAACUGGCUACAUCAGUUGUUUGAAACAGAUUCAAAUAUCUAUUCCUCUUAAACUAGACAAUUGUCAGGUUUGCACCUCCCCAAAAACACCACCAUAGCCAAGUAGGCUUCAUACAGGCCACAAAUGUGACCUCAAGAUUUUGUUGCUAUGUUGCAUUUAAUAAAUUUGUGUAUUUAACAUGACAUGAAGGAAUAUGUAAAAUCACACAAUUAAAUGUCAGGGGUAACACAAUUAGGCAACAAGACUUAUUUCCAUUGUGGUCUAUGGAUCUGAUGUACAGUAAAGACAGCAAAUAUGCAGGUGACGACCAAACCCUGAACUUUGUUAUUAUAUUGUACAAUAUAAUCUUUGAACUACAUGAUAGUUAU